UCUCGCGGGGUUUAGCGUGGCACUGGGAGGCUGGCCCCGGGGAGGAGGCGGCGUUCCGUUAGUGGCGUUAGGGUCUGGCGGCGGCGGCAGUACUUUCUCCUUUGCUGACGCGGAGCGGUUCAGCCUGGAGCCGGCCAGCUCUCGCCGCCGCCGUCGCGAUGGGGGCGCAGGACCGGCCGCAGUGCCACUUCGACAUCGAGAUCAACCGUGAGCCGGUUGGUCGCAUUAUGUAGCUCUUCUCAGACAUAUGUCCAAAAACAUAAAACUUCCUUUGCCUAUGCUCAGGGGAGAAAGGCCUUGGGAAAACAACUGGGAAGAAGUUAUGUUAUAAAGGUUCUACAUUCCAUCGUGUGGUUAAAAACUUCAUGAUUCAGGGUGGGGAUUUCAGUGAAGGUAAUGGAAAAGGUGGAGAAUCAAUUAUGGUGGAUUAUUUUAAAGGUAAAAACUUUAUUCUCAAACAUGACAGAGCGUUCCUUUUGUCAAUGGCAAAUCGAGGGAAACAUACCAAUGGUUCCCAGUUUUUUAUAACUACAAAACCUGCUCCACACCUGGAUGGGGUACAUGUUGUCUUUGGACUGGUUAUUUCUGGUUUUGAAGUCAUAGAACAAAUUGAAAAUCUGAAAACUGAUGCUGCAAGCAGACCUUAUGCAGAUGUGCGAGUUAUUGACUGUGGGGUGCUCGCCACAAAAUCAACAAAAGAUGUUUUUGAGAAAAAAAGGAAGAAACCAACACAUUCAGAAGACUCAGAUUCCUCUUCCAGUUCAUCUUCCUCUUCCGAAUCAUCUUCAGAAAGUGAAAUUGAACACGGGAGAAGCAGAAGAAGGAAACAUAAGAGGAGGCCAAAAGUUAAACAUUCUAAAAGGAGAAGAAAGGAAGCAAGCAGCUCAGAAGAACCAAGGAGCAAACACAUAAUGAGCCCAAAAGGUCAUUCUGAGAGAAGUGAUACCAAUGAGAAAAGAUCAGCCGAUUCAAAUGCUAAACGGGAAAAGCCUGUAGUCCGCCCUGAAGAAAUUCCUCCAGUGCCUGAGAACAGAUUUUUACUGAGAAGAGAUAUGCCUGUUGUUGCUGUGGAGCCCGAACCGAAGAUUCCAGAUGUUGCACCCAUUGUAAGUGAUCAGAAACCAUCAGUAUCAAAGUCUGGACGGAAGAUUAAAGGAAGGGGUACAAUUCGCUAUCACACACCUCCAAGAUCAAGAUCCUGUUCCGAGUCAGAUAAUGAUGACAGCAGUGAAACUCCUCCUCAUUAAGAGGAAAUGCAGAGAUUAAGAGCAUACAGACCACCUAGUGGAGAAAAAUGGAUAAAGGAGAUAAGUAAGAGCUUUGAGUUAAGUGACCCCUGUUCAAGUCGAUGGGAUGAAAGAAGCUUGUCUCAGAGAUCUAGAUCAUGGUCUUAUAAUGGAUAUUAUUCAGAUAUCAGCACAGCAAGACACUCUGAUGGUCACCAUAAAAAACGCAGAAAGGAAAAAAAGGUUAAACAUAAAAAGAAAGCAAAAAAGCAAAAACAUUGCAGAAGACACAAACAGAAAAAGAGAAGAGUUGUUGUACCCUCUGACAUUGAAUCCUCAAAAUCUUCCACUCGACAAAUAAAGUCCUCUUGUGAUAGAGAAAGGAGAUCUCGAUCUUCCUCCUUUUCAUCUCAUCACUCAUCUAAGAGGGAUUGGUCUAAAUCUGACAAGGAUGACCAGAGCACUUCAACCCAUUCCAGUAGAGACUCCUAUAGAUCCAAGUCUCGUUCACGGUCAUAUUCUAGAGGAAGCUCAAGAUCAAGGACUGUAUCAAAAUCUUCAUCACAUUCUCAAAGUAGAUCAAAGUCCAGGUCGAGUUCCAAGUCAGGACGCCAAAGGACAGCAUCAAAAUCACCCAGAAGGACAGCUUCUCAAUUAAGUGAAAAUAAACCAGUUAAAACAGAACCUUUAAGGGCAACAGUACCACAAAAUGAAAAUGUAGUAGUACAGCCAGUGGUAGCAGAAAAUAUUCCUGUAAUACCAUUGAGUGACAGUCCCCCUCCUUCAAGGUGGAAGCCUGGACAGAAACCCUGGAAACCCUCUUAUGAGCGAAUUCAGGAAAUGAAAGCAAAAGCAACCCAUUUGUUGCCCAUUCAAAGCACUUACAGUUCAGCAAACAUUAAAGAGACUGGUAGUUCAUCGUCCUACCGUAAAAGAGAAAAAAAUUCAGAAAGUGAUCGGAGCGCUUAUUCAAAAUACAGUGAUAGAAGUUCUGAAAGUUCACCGAGGUCAGGUAGCAGAUCUUCUAGGAGUAGAUCUUAUUCUAGAUCAUAUACAAGGUCACGUAGUCUAGCUAGUUCACGUUCAAGGUCUAGGUCCCCAUCAUCUCGGUCUCAUUCACGAAGUAAGUACAGUGAUCGUUCACCAUUCAGUAGAUCAUCUUCAUACACUUCUGUUAGUAGUAAUGAUGAAAGACGAGCCAAGAGGAAAUUUAGAUCCAGUGGAAAAAAAAACAAUACUUCAAAUAAAAGGCACAGCAGCAGCUCUGAAAAGACACUUCGCAGUAAAUAUGUCAAAGGUAGAGAGAAGUCUUCAUGUCAGAGAAAGUAUAGUGAAAGCAGGUCAUCUUUAGAUUAUUCUUCAGACAGUGAACAGUCAAGUGUUCAGGUUACACAGUCAGCCCAAGAAAAAGAGAAGCAGGGCAAAAUGGAAAUAAUGAAUGACAAGCCGGAAAAAAGCAAAGAUGAAGAGAAACCCAAGCCUGAACGGGAAUGCCCUCAUACCAAAAAAAGAACUUUGAAAGAGAAUCUUUCUGAUCGCUUUAGAAAUGGCAGUAAGUCCAAACGGAAGAAUUAUGCUGGGAGUAAAUGGGACUCUGAGUCAAAUUCAGAACGAGAGAGAACUAAAAACAAAAAUGAUUCCCGGCAGUCUUCUGAUAAGGAGGAAGGUGAGGCCACAUCGGAUUCUGAAUCAGAGAUUAGUGAAAUUCACAUCAGAGCAAAACCCAAGACAAAAUCUUCAGCAAAUACUUCACUGCCUGAUGAUAAUAGUGCUUGGAAAUCAAAUAAACGACGGCCGUCAACUUCUGAUUCUGAGGGGUCCUGUUCCAACUCAGAAAACAAUAAAGGAAAGCCACAGAAGCACAAACAUGGGUCAAAGGUAAAUCUUAGAAGGGAACACACCAAAAAAGCAAAAGAGAAACUGAAAGGGAAAAGAAAAAAGCACAAGGCUCCAAAACGAAAACAGGCAUUUCACUGGCAGCCUCCACUGGAAUUUGGUGAAGAAGAGGAGGAGGAGAUUAAUGAAAAACAAGUUAUUCAGGAAUCAAAGAAAAAACCCAAAUCCUGAAAACAGUGAACCAUAAAAGAUAAUACUUCAAAAACUGAGAAAUCCUGUGAUGAGGUCAGCCUUUCAGGUAACCAUAAUACAAUGACUAUGUCAUCAGAUCUUGAUCAGCUUACUAAAGGUGAUAGUAAGCCCAGCACUUGUCCCACUGCUUUAAAUACUGAGGAAAACGCUGCCCGUUCUUCCCCAAACACCCAGCAGAUUGAAGAAAGUGUUCCAAGUGGAACAGAGGAUGUGCUUCAAACAGAUGAUAACAUGGAGAUCUGCACUCCUGAUAGGAAUUCACCAGCAAAGGUAGAGGGGGCUUCCCCUGUAGCAAAUUCAAGGCUUGACACUCCAGAGAUAAAUGUGGUACUGAAGCAGAACAUACAUAUAGAACAUCCUGAAACAGAGGAAGCAAAACAAGAAGGCAGUGUGUCUGAAAGCAAAACCAUCGGUGAAGUGGGGAAACAGGAUAGCAGCUCUGCCAGCUUGGCCAGUGGUGUAGAAAGUACUGGGAAGAAGGAGGUGGCUGAGAAGAGCCAGAUCCACCUCACAGAUAAUAAAUGGAAGCCCCUGCAAGGUGUGGGGAACCUGGCAGCACCUACAGACACGUCUAGUGCUGUGGAAGUGAAGGCAUCGACUGCAGUACCUGAAAUGAAACCUCAGGGCUUGAGAAUAGAAAUUAAAAGCAAAAAUAAAGUUCGGCCUGGGUCUCUAUUUGAUGAAGUAAGAAAAACAGCUCGCCUAAACCGAAGGCCAAGAAAUCAGGAGAGUUCAAGUGAUGAACAGACGCCUAGUCGGGAUGGUGAUAGUCAGUCCAGGAGUCCAAGUAGAUCUCGUAAAUCUGAAACCAAAUCACGACACAGAACAAGGUCUGUCUCCUAUAGUCACUCCAGAAGUCGAUCAAGAAGUUCUACAUCAUCUUAUCGAUCAAGAAGCUAUUCUAGAAGUCGGAGCAGAGGAUGGUACAGCAGAGGCCGAAGCCGAAGCCGGAGCAGUUCCUACCGUAGUUACAAAAGUCACAGGACAUCCAGCAGGAGCAGAUCCAGGAGCAGCUCGUAUGAUCCCCACAGUCGGUCCAGCAGGUCCUACACUUAUGAUAGCUACUACAGCAGGAGUCGGAGUCGGAGUCGGAGCCAGAGGAGUGACAGUUACCACCGAGGCAGAAGUUACAACAGGAGGUCCAGGAGUUGUAGAUCUUAUGGCUCUGACAGUGAAAGUGACCGAAGUUACUCUCAUCACCGCAGCCCCAGUGAAAGCAGCAGAUAUAGUUGAAAACGUCCCUUUUUGAUACAGAUUAUAUCUUAUAUGUAAAUACCUGAUAACUUAAAAGUUUAAGAAACUUAAUGGCAGUCUGUUGUUCUAUUUCAGUAUUAGAGAUGAAUUUCAAAGACACUUAAUUGUUAUUCAUUUACAUGUGUAGAAUAAUUUAAAAUACAGAUGUCUCCUAGAAAUAUUUUUAUGCCACAUUUUACAGUAGCUGACUUUGGAAUUUUCAUUUUCUUGAAUCAAGAAAUUGUGAAAUUGAUGUAAGUAUAAUUUGCAAUAUUAUUUUAGGUAGACUACUUCUUUUCAUCUCAUGUAUUCCUAAGAAUACAGAUUCUUUUUGCCCAUUUUUCAGGUUUUAGCAUACAUGCUGCCAAGCAUAGAACUGUGAAGGAGAACUGUUAAGGCAGCCAAAUGUUUAUAUACCAGUUGUACAGUCUUGUAAAAACAAACCACCCAGAAUCCAUACCAGUGGUAACCAGGAGCAUAAGGCAGUGUGGCUCUGGGGUUCUUAAUUCAUACUUUGCUUCUGCUGGCUCAAUCAGGAAGGCAGUCAUCAUACUGCCCACAGUCUGCAUUACUUCAGGCUGGUGGACAGGGUUAGGAAGAGAAAAUCAGCCUUAACUAUAAAUACCUGCACUGUCUCUAAGGAAUUAGUAUUUUAUGUGCUUUUUAAUAAAGACUAUCAGAAGUUUCAAUUAUAACAAUUCUAUUCCAGUUCAUGCUUUGGUGCUUGGUACCUUGUGGUGCCUCUCUAAGCAUUAUUCUUGUAUAUUCCACAUUACAAUACCAUGAGAGAGAAUAAGAAAUUUCUUUUUAAAUCACUGGCACUGAAAAUGGUUUAUUCUGAGCUGUCUUCACUUUCAAUAUUUGGGGUGCUUCUCUGAAACGUAACGUGGGUUAGGGCUCCCCUGGAGCAAGCAGGAUUGGCAGUUGCGGGGCGGCCACUUAGGUCUAUACGUGUGUGUGCUUGUGGAAGAGUGGAUUGGAAAGUGAACUUCUAGAAUAACACUGGAAUCUUAGCUGCCACCAUCCUGGAGACAUUUUACAGACUUUGAAAUCUUUCAAGUAAAGAAGGUACCACAGCAGCAGCAGCAGAACAGCCCUAACAGCGUGUUUUUCUCAUUGUGGUUGCAACCCCAGUGGUUCAGUAAAGCCUUGCCUGACCUGAGUGAACCAGAAAAGAGGGCUGUAGAGUACGGUAUAAAUUGCAUAUUUCCAAGGCUUUGGGUGUUCCUUCAAAAAUAAUUGGAGCUGCGAAAACUAGUGUUGAUUUUUUUUUUUUUUUUUCUUUUUAAUCCCGAGUUUGAGUUCUCCCCCCAAGUGUACUUAAUCACCUUAGUGCCAAUUGAAUCCAGUUAUGCAGAAGAAAUUCAUUCUGGGUGUCAGUGUAGAAGCUGUGCCAUUCUGCCCCAGGCCUUGCCUGGUGUAUUUGGGAAGUGGAAAAGAGUCCUCAGCUGGAGGGAUACAACCACCCUGGGUGGAUGGAAAGGCUUAUAUUGGAUGUGUUAUAACUCUCAUCUAGGACCUGGGGAGUGUAGCUCAGGGGUGCAUCGUGUGCCGGAGUCCCAGGAUUCAGUCCCCAGCACCAAAAUAUAUAUAUAUAUAUCGCUGUCAACUUUGGGAGGUAGAUAAACCAGGUUAGGUGGUCCAUUGUUUAUCAAGUCAGAAGAUAGAAGUACUUUAGGAACCAGAACUAAAUAAAAAAUCAGUACUGAUCAUGCAUACAAAACGUGAUCCAAAUUAAGGGUUUUCAAAUGUUACCUGCAAAGGAGAAUAUUGUUUUAAUACACUAGUUGUGGGAAAAAAUGCGUUCAGAACCCAAACAGAAAUUGCCAAAUCCAAUUAGGUUUAGAAAAGUUACUCUUGGGCAGUGUAUGAGUUGUUGUUACUGUAUGACAAAUUCUUCCAAAUUUAGCAGUUUAAACAACACCCAUUUUUUUGGUUCAUAAUUCUGUAGCUUGUGGGUCCGGCGUGGUAUGGCUGGAUUUUUAAGUCUCACAGGCUGACGUCAGGGGUUCCUUGAUGAAGGCUCUGAGGAAGACUCUGCUUCAGGCUUGUUCAGGUUGUUGGCAGAAUACGUUCUUUGCUGGCUCUCAGCCAGGGCCUCUUGGCUCCUUUAAGGCUGCCCACAUUCCUGCUGGUGUGGGCCCCUCCAUCCUCAGACCAGCAGAGGCCCUUCCAGUCCUCCUGCUUCUCAUGCUACAAAUCUACCUUUCUCUUGUUUUAAGGUCCAGGUGAUGAGAUCAAGCCACAAGUCAGUUGUGCCAUAGAAAUGAUAUAAUCACAGAAGUGAUAUCAUAUUCACAGGUUCUGGGGGUUGCUAGGGCAUAGAAGGCAGAGAGGCAGUGGCUUUGCCUGCCUUAGUUGUGGGUGGGAUUUUAUCCUAAAAGGGAAGAAGCCUCGUGUGUUUUCUCCAGACAAGGAUGGCCCUCUGCUGCAGCAUUCAACUUGUGUGUUUACUGAAGUGAGCUACAGAAAUAGCUUUUCUUCCUAAAGGGGAUUGUUCUGUAUUUUGAAGUUAUUUUUUAAUAAAACUGAAUUAUGUUGUAUAAUGUGCUUCUUAAUAGAAAAUGCAUUAUUGGACUGGUUUUGUAAUGUCCUGUUUACUGCAAAUGAAAUAGCUGGUAUUGUUCAAAAAAAUAUAGAAAAUACUUUUGUACAUACUAGCAAUGUCUAAUUUGUAUACACUUCAGUUUCCCUAAAACUUGAAAGGGGGACCUUGUAGAAAUUAAAAUAUAUACUUAGUCUA